AUGGUACCAUUAAAUGAAACGAAUAAUCAACAACCUUUAAACAAGAGUAAUAACUUUAUUCGACGACGGCCAAUGUCGAAUGGAGUCAAUAAUAAAUUGUUUGAUGUCAAAUACAAAGUUCUACUACUUGGUGAUACACUUGUAGGAAAAACGUCAUUACAACGAUUUAUUGCUGGAAAAGAUUUUCGUCCAGACAUUGGUUCUACUAUUGGUAUCGAUUUUGUUAAUAAAAUAAUUCCAGUUGAAAAAUCAAAGAUCAAUUUACAGAUAUGGGAUACAGCAGGUCAAAGAAAUUUUCGAACAAUAGGUAAAAAUUAUUAUGCAUCAACAAAAGCAUUUGUACUAGUUUAUGAUGUUACGAAUGAAGAGUCAUUUCAUUUAAUUCAACAAUUUAAUCAAUUAAUUGAACAAACUGGAUUAGAUAUAGAACGUCGAUAUUUAAUAGCAAAUAAAAUUGAUUUAAGUCAAAAUCGAAAAGUUGAUGAAGAAACUGGCCGACGUUUCGCUUUACGAAAUAGUAUGACUUAUUUUGAAACAAGUUGUAAAACAGGUGAAAAUGUUCUUGAACUUUUCGAACAAAUUGCCUCUGAUCUUGUUCGUCAACAUGAUUCAAAAAUACUUGAAUUUCAUAAACCUGUAAAAGAAAAUUUUGCAUUUAAUUAUCGUACACCAUCAAUAACUAAUCACGAAACAUAUGAUAGAACUACUGAAGAAAUGAAAAAAUCAAAAAAGAAAAAUAUUUUUUCAUCAUUAUUUUAUGAACCAAUUGGUAGAAAUGAUCGAUUUAAUUUUCGUCGUUUGAUCUUCUGUUGUAGACCAAGUUAA